AUGUUCUCGAGAUCGAUGCGGGCUUUGGUGAGCAGGCGGCCACCAUUUGCUAGCUUCUACAAGGCCGUUUACCCGCCGCUCAGAGACGCGGAGCAGGAGCGAAAAAUGCAGACGGCUGCCGUCCUGUGGCACAGGACGGCACCGCAGUAUGGCAUCCGCUUCUCCGCACCCCGUGUUGCGGCAGCACUGCGAAUAUACCGCACGAAAGGCAAGGAAAUCACCAAAGAGCUGCAGAAGACUGCAAAGCCUGCGGGCGACUGGAAGGCAGCACCGUCACGGUCGAAGCUGGCGCGCACCACGGCUUCGAAGCGCAAGACGAUUCACUUAAAGCGGCGCCAGCAGAAAGGCAAGAAAGCUAUAACGCCCUUUGCUGCUUUCGAGACGGAGUUGAUGCGGCGCACCAAGUUUCCCUCCACAAGGGCGAAUCUCAAGCGAGUACUUCGCAUGUGGAUCAUGACAGGUCGGCAGCGCUCACUUUCUGUGCCGAAGCGUGUCGAGAUGGCUGUGCGGUUGCUGCAGAAGGACCGGAAACGCGCGAAGAGGUUCUCCAGGACGAUGAGCAAGACGAUCGCCAGGCGCCGCUCUAAGCGCGCCACCCGCAAGAGUGCAAGGAGGUCGGCAACCGGACGCAGCCGCAAGGCGGCGAAGUCGAGGAAGCCGCCCGUCACGGCAGCAAGGGCGAAAAAGGCACAGGCGGCUCGGCCCUCCCGAAGCGCCGCAGCCCAAAAGUUGAAAAGGGCGCGGAGGAUGCGCGCUGCUCGUCGAGUGCCCAAGCGACCGGCUUCUGUGAAAGUGCGUCGUGCGCGCCACCUGGCUGCCAAACGGUCGUCACCGAAGACGGUGACUGCAAGCAAGCCGAAGGCGCGCACGACGCACGCGGCUCGCAAGGCCGCCGCCUUGAAGCGGCGAAUUCGACAGACGCGCAUCGCAGCCGUGGCAAAGUCAAAGGCGCGGCGCACCGCCGCCAAGAGGAAGACCAGCGCAGCCCGUCGCCGCGCGAACCCCUACAUCAAGUUUUACCGUCACAUGCGCAUGACUGGGCUCAUUCCAAACCAACCCAAGAUCCUGGGCACUCGCCAGAUCAAGGCGUUGUGGACAGAGACGCACUCCCUCAACGGCCUGAAUCGCCGCAUCGCGCGCGCGACGGAACUUCUCGAGAAGCGGACGGGGUUGAAGUCGAAGGUUAAUCCGCCUCCCGUGAGGACUUCGGCGCGCAAGCGCCAGAGCCCCAAGCACGGUUCGCCGGGCCCCUUGCCAGCGCCGGCGGCACCCAAGACCUUGGAAUCCUUGACGAUCAAGCAGAGAGACAUCAAGGUGCCUCCGUAUUAUAGCAGCAACCCCUUUGGAGCCACCUACGCAGCGUUGCUUCCCCUGCUGCGGGACAUUCCGAGCUCGACACGGAUGGCUCAUGUCGCCAAGGCCUGGACGCGCACCUCGGUGAGGGAUGACAAGCGCAGCGCAAAGGCCCGUAUUGCUGCCGUGGCAGAGGCGAUGAAGAAGUGA